CUUCGAUUCUGGCAAAAAAAGAAACAAAGAACAAAUGACUUCGCUCCACGUCAUAACCCUCUCGAUUCCCCGUAUAAAUAGCAUAUUCUGUUCGUUCCAAUUUUACUCCGAUCUUCCUUUUCUGCUCCAAAUCUUCACUCCCUCCAUCUGUAAUUGGGUUGGGUCCGUUCCUGCAUUCUCGGAACCUCUCGCCCAGCCCCCUAGAUUUCAAACGCCGACGAAGACAAUGACGAGUUUCGUAACUGCGAGGAGAUUUUUCGCUCAAGGACAGCCUCUUCGAUUGAAACGCUGUCUCUCUCUGCUUGCCGAGCAGAAAAGCGACGUCGUCGUCGGCGCUCCCGAAUUGCCACCGUUAGAUUGGUCUCCACCGCCGUACACCGGCCCCACCUCCGAUGAGAUCCUCGCCAAGCGUAAAGAGUAUCUCAGCCCUUGCCUCUUCCACUUCUAUAAGACUCCCUUACACGUGGUGGACGGGAGAAAGCAAUACUUGUUCGACGAGAAGGGGAAAAGGUAUUUGGAUGCGUUUGGAGGGAUCGCUACGGUGUGUUGCGGGCACUGCCAUCCUGACGUGGUGGCGGCCAUAGUGGACCAAACCAAGCGUUUGCAGCAUUCCUCGGUUCUUUACCUGAACCCUGCCAUCGUGGAUUUCGCGGAGGCUCUGGCCUCUAAACUUCCUGGCGAUCUUAAGGUGGUAUUUUUUACCAAUUCUGGAACGGAAGCAAACGAAUUGGCGAUAUUGAUCGCAAGAUUAUAUACGGGAUGCCAUGACAUAAUAUCAUUGAGGAAUGCUUACCAUGGGAAUGCAGCUGGCACGAUGGGGGCAACGGCUCAAAGCAUCUGGAAAUUUAAUGUAGUCCAGAGUGGUGUUCAUCAUGCCGUGAAUCCAGACCCUUAUAGAGGAGUUUUCGGAUCUGAUGGAGAGAAAUAUGCAAGAGAUGUUCAAGACAUCAUUAAUUUUGGAACUUCCGGAAAUGUUGCUGCCUUCAUAUCUGAGGCCAUACAGGGAGUGGGGGGCAUCGUAGAAUUGGCUCCCGGUUACUUGCCUGCUGUCUACAAUACUAUUAAAAAAGCAGGAGGCCUUUGUAUCGCGGACGAAGUUCAGGCCGGAUUUGCUCGUACUGGCAGCCAUUUUUGGGGAUUUGAGUCCCACGGUGUUGUACCUGACAUAGUGACCGUGGCCAAGGGUAUUGGAAAUGGCAUUCCCCUGGGUGCUGUUGUGACUACUCCAGAGAUUGCAGAGGUUUUGACUCGCCGAAGUUACUUUAACACCUUUGGUGGGAACCCUGUUUGUACAGCCGCAGGAUUGGCUGUUCUAAGAGUAAUAGAGAAAGAGAAGCUUCAACAAAAUGCAUUUGUUGUGGGAAGCUAUCUGAAAGAGAGGCUCACUGAACUCAAGGACAAACAUGAAUUGAUUGGGGAUGUUAGAGGAAAAGGGCUGAUGCUUGGAGUUGAACUUGUCACCGAUCGUGAACUUAAAACUCCAGCAAAAGCUGAAACACUGCAUGUUAUGGACCAAAUGAAAGAACUAGGAGUGCUAAUUGGGAAGGGCGGUUAUUAUGGAAAUGUCUUCAGAAUCACCCCUCCCCUGUGUUUCACCAAAGAAGAUGCAGACUUUCUUGUGGAGGCGAUGGACAUGAGCUUGUCUAGAAUGUGAAGCAUAUAUUAGACUUAACAAUAAACAAAUGCCUACUACUUCGUAUCAAAUUAAACAUGUAUUGUAUCAUCUCCUGCGCGAGUAAAAUCUAGAGAUGUUUCAUGUAGUCUUGAAGAAGUCAUUGUAGUUGGGUGGCAUGUCAAUAAACGAUGAGUCAACAACUCGUUGUCUCUCGGUAUCUUGAUUUAUACGAGAUUCUCCACUUCUGCUA